GGAAACAAAAAGUCAAAAAAACAAAAUAUCAAAAGGAUACAGAGUUCCUUUCUUUGUAAUUCUCACUCUAAUUUGAUUCAUUCGGUUGCCGGAAGAAGAAGAUGAUAAGCACCGCACUUCAGCCUCCUCCCUUCCAAUUCCAAUUCCUGUUCCGUUCCCCUUCUAUCCGUUUCACUUCUCCAAUUCUCCGCCACCACAACCUCCACCACCACCACCACCGCCACCACCACGAAAUUCUCCGGCAGCCACUCGUCACCAUUUCCACCCAAACCCAACAGCAGCCUCUGGAAACUUCACCAGACGAACAAGAAGACGACGUCGUCGAGGAGGAAGAAGAAGAAGAGGGCGACUUUUUAGAAGCAGAACACACAAACAAAAGCUACUAUGACUUCUCUCCACUCCUCCACUUCCUCUCUACCCAUUACAAUUACAACACCAGCGACGAAAGCGGAGGGUCCCCAACUCAGCUGGACCCGACUGAGCUCCGGCUCGCUGAAUCGUACCGGGCUGUACCCGCCCCGGUUUGGCAUUCCCUAUUGAAAUCCCUGGCCACUGGGAAAAGAGAAGCUGAUGUUGCGGCCACGUCAUCGUCCUUCUCGACGGCGUACGCCCUCGUCACUUGGCUUCAGAAGCACAACCUCUGCUUCUCCUACGAGCUUCUCUACGCGAUUCUCAUCCACGCCUUGGGACGCUCCGAGAAGCUCUACGAAGCUUUUUUGCUCUCCCAGCGCCAGGGCUUGACGCCUUUAACUUACAACGCACUCAUCGGCGCGUGCGCUCGAAACGGCGACCUGGAGAAAGCGCUCAACCUCAUGGCCCGAAUGCGAGGUGACGGGUACCAAUCUGAUUUUGUUAAUUACAGUUUGAUUAUUCAGUCUUUAAUCCGAAGCAAUUCCAUUGAUUCUGCGCUUUUAGAGAAAUUUGUUGUCGAAAUUGAGGAAAAUCAAAUUGAGCUUGAUGGGCAGCUCUUGAAUGAUAUGACGGUAGGUUUUUCGAAAAGUGGGGAUGUAAAUAGGGCUUUGUAUUUCCUGUCCCUGAUUCAGGGUAAUGGAUUGAGCCCCAAGACAGCAACUUUGGUUGCCAUAAUCUCGCAGUUGGGAAACUUUGGCAGGACUGAGGAGGCUGAGGUGAUUUUCGAGGAAAUAAAAGAAGGUGGAUUGAGGCCGAGGACGAGGGCUUACAAUGCCCUUCUCAAAGGUUAUGUGAAAAUAGGAGCUUUGAGGGAUGCUGAGGAUAUUGUUUCAGAGAUGGAGAGCAGCGGGGUAGCUCCCGAUGAGUUCACUUAUAGUUUGCUUAUCGACGCUUACGGCAAUGCGGGUAGGUGGGAGAGUGCUAGGAUAGUUUUGAAAGAAAUGGAAGCGAAUAAUGUACAGCCUAGUAGUUAUGUUUUCAGUCGGAUAUUGGCUAGUUAUCGGGAUAGGGGAGAGUGGCAAAGGUCGUUUCAGGUGCUUAGGGAAAUGAAAAGUAGCGGGGUGACUCCUGACAGGCAGUUUUACAAUGUGAUGAUUGAUACAUUUGGGAAGUAUAAUUGUUUAGAUCACGCUAUGGAUACGUUUGAAAGGAUGCAACUUGAAGGGAUUGAGCCAGAUACGGUGACAUGGAAUACACUCAUUGAUUGCCAUUGUAAACAAGGCCAUCAUAAUAAAGCUGAGGAGUUGUUUGAAGCUAUGCAGAGAAGUGGGUGUUUGCCCUGCACCACAACUUACAAUAUAAUGAUUCAUUCCUUCGGGGAGCAGGAAAGAUGGGAUGACGUAAAGGAUUUAUUGGGAAAGAUGCAAGCUCAUGGUUUACUGCCAAAUGUUGUUACAUAUACCACACUUGUCGACAUUUAUGGACGGUCAGGGCGAUUUAGUGACGCAAUUGAGUGUCUGGAGGUCAUGAAAUCUGCGGGGUUAAAGCCGUCGUCAACCAUGUAUAAUGCAUUGAUUAAUGCUUAUGCUCAGAGAGGAUUGUCCGAGCAAGCAAUAAAUGCAUUUCGCGUUAUGAGAGGAGAAGGUCUGAAGCCUAGUUCAUUGGCUCUAAAUUCAUUAAUUAAUGCAUUUGGCGAGGAUAGGAGAGAUGCUGAAGCCUUUUCUGUGCUACAGUAUAUGAAGGAAAAUGACAUUAAGCCAGAUGUGGUUACUUAUACUACUCUCAUGAAAGCUCUCAUUCGUGUUGAGAAAUUUGAAAAGGUUCCAGCUGUUUAUGAAGAAAUGCUAUCGUCUGGAUGCACUCCAGAUAGGAAAGCCAGAGCAAUGUUACGAUCUGCACUGCGAUACAUGAAAUCUUCACUGAAAUUGUAAUUGGCGUCAUUAACUGUGUCAGUAAAUAUUAACCCUCUGCAACCAAAGUAAAUCAAAGGCGAUGUGCUUGUAUCGGUCCAUCUGAUGCUGCUGAUUGGUGCAAACCUUAAAAUGGUAAGUUGGAAUCCAUAGCACCUUCCGAAUUGUAUGAACUUACAAACAUAAAAACUUGUCUUGAAGGGGCUAUCUUGAGAUUCCAUUUUGAACUUGUGUGCAAAGUUUUGUGUUUAUUGGUUCCAUUACUACUACUACAGUGAGAUCAUGAAAUGGUGAUUCUUUUCUUCCCUCUUUGUCUACAUGUGCUAAUUAUUUUCUUCGUGCAGGUUGAUUAUGUGAUGGAACAAUCCUGGCCUAUCCUGAUAUAGGAUCAAGUCUGAAACAUAGUAUCAUAACUGGGUUGAACAGGAGCACUCCCGAACAGAUCAGGUUUUAUGACGAAAGGACAUGAAAUCUAGGCAUUCUGAUCCACUUACGUUCUGAGUUAGUUAAUUCUUUAUUAUGUAUAGUCAGCUAGAUUACAGGUUUAUAUGCUUUUGUAUACACAAUAAAUUUGUGAGAUCUUUUCUACUUUGCCAAUACCAAAAGGAUGCUAACAUCUGAAUGAAGAAUAUAAGAGGAUUUUUAUUUGUUCA